AUGGAUUUCGGUCAAAGCAAAACUCUAGGCGACAUAAAAGGAAAUAAAGAAGAAAAUUUGGCAAUCCAAAGAAUUAAUAAGUCUCUUCCGUUAUUGUCCUUGGCUGGGGUCGUUUGUCUGCUUUUCUAUGCUGUGAUGAAACUAACGAGCUCGAAGAAAAAUAUUGAACUCAUAUUUAAAGGCUUCCGAAAUGUCGGCCUAAAUGCAUUAAAUUUACAACAACUAGAAUAUUUUAAUGCCAUGAAAAUUUAUCGAGUGAAUAUUAGAUAG